AUGUUGUCCUGUUCACCCUCGCGACUGGUUCUUUCCAUCCCAGCGGGACUUUCAGUUAUCGGCAUCACGUUCUUUCUUUUCUGGUCUCAGCUUUCUGUUUACUUUGAGUCUAUCAGAAUCAACUUGACCAAUACAUCCUCCUCGCCUUCUCCUCAAAGCUCCUCCAGUAUUGCACCGCUACCAAAUAUAUGGGCAGACUUGACCGAUAGGGAGACGGUUGAAGUUUUGAAAUUUGUUCAUUCCACUUCGCCUGAGCUCAAUUUAACUGCAGCGGUCAACGCGUCACUGUGGGAUAAUUUUAUACACGGCGUCGAGGUUGUGCGCCCAAAUAAGAAAGAUGCCUUGAAAUUCAUGACAGGCGCCUCAGUUCUUCCUCCUCCCAGAUUUGCACGAAUUGCUAUUCACCAUGGCACAGCCUCGGAGGUAUACUGGGAUGAGUAUGUCGUUGGCCCAUUGCCAGUAUCGAAUGAGACAGGAAUCAGUCAUCUGGAAUAUCACCAUCGAGCAGAUCUAGACCAUGCGCGCAAUCUCGUACCCGAUGCCAUUUCAUUCAAGAAGUGGCCAUAUUCGAUCGCCCAAGAAGUUGCCGAUAUCACAGAGGACCUUCUGCAGGCCACAAUCAAUGAUGAUGGGAAGAACGACCCAGAUGGGUUAGAGUUGAGUUUCCGAGAUCCCUGGGUUAAAGAUGGUCGUAUUUUGCGGUGGUGCAGCUUUCAAAGAGCUGGAAGUCGGGCGGAAUCGGGAACCCUUCUUCCCCAAGGACUUUAUGUUAAGUUGGAUACCACUGGGCGGGAUCCCAAAGCGUGGCGAGUGCUCAGGUGGUACUAUAAUGGAAGGUUAUACAAUUCGACAGGUGAAUUCCGCAAGGCAUGGCAAUCCCCAGGAUUCCAGAAAGCACCCAUCAACCGGGAUGGAGACUGGACAAAGAUUGAGGAGUCUUCAUCGGAGAUAUCUCCAAGGGACGAGCCAGCGCCAUUCAUGGUUAACCCUGGAGGACCGCGGUAUCGACUUGAUAACCAGCAGCAAUAUGUAUCGUGGAUGGGUUUUACAUUCUAUUGGUCGUUUGCUCAGUCAACUGGGAUCACCUUGUUUGACGUCCGCUUCCGGGGAGAACGUAUCCUAUAUGAGCUUGGCCUUCAGGAGGCGAUGUCGCUCUAUGCGGGUGGUGACCCUGUCCAAGGUGCUGUCGCAUACUUGGACAGCUUUUUUGGAAUGGGGCGCGCCAUGUUUGAAUUAGUUCCAGGAUACGAUUGUCCGGUGUAUGCGGACUUCAUGGAUACUGUGAUAUAUGACGCUGAACGUACGCAGCGACGGAAGAGAACAAUAUGUCUGUUCGAAUACACGGCCGACUAUCCCUUGCAACGGCAUUCGACCUCGUUUUACGUCACUGUUUCCCGAAAUAAUUAUCUGGUUCUGCGCACGACUGCCGUGGUUGGGAACUAUGACUACACCAUCGACUAUCUUUUCUAUCUGGAUGGGACUAUCGAGAUCAAAGUCCGUGCCAGUGGUUACAUCCAAGGGGCUUAUUUUGUGCCUGAAGAAAGCCAGGAGUAUGGAUUCCGAGUACAUGAUCAAUUUGCCACGAGUAUGCAUGAUCAUGUACUCAACUUUAAAGCAGAUCUAGAUGUCCUCAACUCCAGCAACACCCUCCUCAAAGUCGAUAUAGAGCCAGAAACGAAGUCCUACCCAUGGUCAGAAGGGGAGAAGCUGCAUACCAUGGGUCUGGUGAAAGAACAUGUUCUCCACGAAACUGGUGUAAAUUGGCCUGCCAAUUCACAGUCAAUAUAUCUCGUCGUCAAUAAUGAGACCCACAACCGGUGGGGCGAGAACCGUGGUUAUCGGAUCAUGCCUGGCACGGGAAUAGGAACGCCUGGGCAUUUGGUAGUUAAUGGCUCUCAAAGCCUGGGAAAGUCGGCUUCCUGGGCUUCGAAGGACUUUUGGGUAACUAAGCAAAAGGACGAUGAAGCGCGAAGUGCUAGUCCGCGCAAUGCCUUCAAUACUGACCAGCCGAUGGUGGAUUUCAGUCAGUACGUAAAUGGCGAGAACAUCACACAAGAGGACCUCGUCUUCUGGAUAAAUCUUGGAUCCCACCAUGUACCAAACUCUGGGGACAUUCCUAAUACAUUACAACAUACCAGCGCGAAUUCAAUUAUGCUUGUUCCAUUUAACUUUCAUGACCGAAGCGUCAGCUCGGGAAGCUCGCAAGGAGUCCGGAUUGAUUUCACUCGAAAGGCUGGAGAAGGGGCGGCCCAAUUCUUCGGGCAUCACUUUGAAGAUGGUAUGACAUUGGACUCGAAGGAUGUGGUACCAAUACUUGCCUCGUAUGGAGCUGAGGAGCGACAAGUCCGCAAAUUCCCUUAUACCGAAGACAUGUUGUCUAUGUAG